CCCGCUUUUCCUUCUUCGCUGGGCGCCUGGGCCCUCCCCUCCCCCUCAUUUCUCCCUGCCCUUGCCUCUUCUCCCCUGUCGCCGGCGAGAGCUCGGGCGGAGACGCCGCAGCACCCGCAGGAGAGCUUUUCUCCCCGGGAAACAAGGAGACCUCCGGAGGGCUCUUCCUUCCACGAGGGCUGCGGCUGUUGGAUUGUGCUGAAAGAUCUCAGUUUUUAUCUCCAAGGAAGGAUUACUCAUCGCGAAUCCGGAUCUGUCGGUGGUGGAAACUGGAAAGUUGCCACUUUUAUGAGGCGAGGCUGUGAGGAACCCGUGUCCCUCCCGUGGAUGUGGUGAGCCCUGAUUGGCGCACCAGGCGAGAAGGGGCAGGAGCCCAGUAGGUGGUGACAGAGCAGGGUGAGAGGGAGAACCGGAGAAGAGAGGUAGCCGGUAUACAAGACAAGCAGGCAACUAUAGGAAGGACGAAGGAAAAGGAGAGGAGGGAGCUCUCCAUGGGGGAGCCCCUCCUCGCCUCCCUCUCUAUGGAGAACAGCAACAGCCACCCCUGCACGCUCCUCUCCAUGGACCCUGCCGGCUCGCACCUGGCCUCCGCCGAGUCCUCGGGCGGCGGUAGCGCCGCGACCAAUGGGGUUGGCAAUGGUGUUGACCGGGAACUCUUUGUCAUUCCGCGGCGUGAGUCGGCGCACCCUGUUCCGCCGGACAUCAACCUCCCGCUCUCUGCAGAUCACUCACCGCUGCCUCCGUCGUGGAGCCUCGACACGUUCGACAUACUUGAUGUCACUCUUGGAACACACAACUACGAGUCUGAGGUUGCGCUUACGCUUCCAAAGCCGACCGGCAACGGCAAUGGCAGUGCCGCUAUCGGCGUCGGCGCGAGGAAAUACGCUAAGAGAGGCGACAGCAUCUGGGGCGCGUGGUUCUUCUUCAAUAACUACUUCAAGCCUGCACUUGUGGAGAAGUCAAAGGGGAAGAUGGUGCGAGACGCGUCCAGGAACAUCUCGGGCUUUGACAAGUCUGAUCUACGUCUUGAUGUCUUCCUGGUGCAGCAUGACAUGGAGAACAUGUACAUGUGGGUUUUCAAGGAGCGGCCCGACAAUGCCCUUGGGAAGAUGCAGCUCCGGAGCUUCAUGAAUGGGCAUUCCAAGCAUGGGGAGCCGUCUUUCCCGUUCAGUGCCGAUAAGGGCUUUGCCAGGUCACACCGCAUGCAGCGAAAGCACUACCGUGGGCUGUCAAACCCGCAGUGCCUUCAUGGGAUUGAGAUCGUGGCCUCGCCAAAUUUGUCCGCAGUUCCUGAGUCUGACUUGAAGAGGUGGGCUGAACUGACAGGCAGGGAACAUAAUUUUUCAGUACCAUCUGAAGCCAGUGACUUUGAGUCAUGGAGGAAUCUUCCCAGCACUGAUUUUGAACUUGACAGGCCACAUCCACCGGCCGCAAAGAGUGCCACUCAUGGCCAGAAGAAGGGAUUGAAUGGUUCAGGUCUCAACCUUUCAACUCCACCAUCAUCAGACGAUGGGAUGGACCUUUCACCGAAAUGUGCCAAACGCCGCAAGGAUUUCUUUGGCCAUGGCGUAGAGGAGGACUGUGUGAUGGCGAACAAUUCUUGUUCCGACAGAGAGCAAGAGGCAGAAGCUCACACUGGUGAGCCAUCAUGGAUGCACGAGUUCACUGGUGUGGCUAAGCAUGCAAGCGGCCCUGUCACUGCUGCCAAGACGAUAUAUGAGGAUGAGGAAGGGUACUUAAUCGUGGUGAGCAUGCUUUUCUCCGAUCCACAUAGUGUCAAAGUAUCAUGGAGGAACACGCUGACGCACGGCAUCGUGAAGAUAACAUGCGUGAGCACUGCCCGGAUGCCCUACAUUAAGAAACACGACAGGACGUUCAAGCUGACGGACCCUUUCCCCGAGCACUGCCCUCCCGGCGAGUUUGUGAGAGAGAUCCCUCUGGCGACACGGAUUCCAGAAGACGCGAAGAUCGAGGCGUACUAUGACGAGACAGGAACUGGGCUGGAAAUCAUGGUCCCCAAGCACCGGGUUGGACCAGAGGAGCAUGAAGUUCAGGUGUGCAUGAGGCCCCCACAUCUUGGUGACAACGAUCUCGUGCUCUCCUAGAACAGGAAAACAGCUAGCUUUUAGAUGUUCUGGUGUCAUGCUCAUGCCAUGAGAUACUGGAACAUAAACUGGUGGUGCCAUGGCUCAGUAAGAGCCGUCCUAUUUGCUGCUAAACAUGUAGCUUGUAAGUUGAGAAUUCCUUUCCCCCCAUAAAAGUUUGUGAUUUAGGCAAAAGGUUACCUCCUCCCUCUGUUAAUUUCCCUCUGUACCUCUGCUACACAAGUGCAUCACUAUUGGUGAUCUUCCUUGACUAUCUGAAAGCUGACUAGUCAAGAUUCUGUGUAUAUUCAGAUGACCAGGUUCGUAAUAAUGUUGUUGAUGGCU